ACAGUUGCGUAUAUACAAAAAUCAUCUAUAUAAGUAACAAAACAGAGCACAUUCACUCUAUCAAUCUCUCCACCUAUCUUUUAUUACAGCCAUUGUACGGCCGAUCAAGAUUCCCUCAUCUUUCUUACACAACACAUCUAUAUAUACACACACAGAUACAUACACCUUCUAUCUCUAUACUAUUAUUACAUCUCACCUUGCAUUCAAACAAACAAUCUAGAACUUCUGUGGAAUGAUGUCUCGCAGCUCCCAAGCUCCGGUCGCCGCCGGCGAGGACGGUUCCGGCGAGAUCAUGUUGUUUGGCGUGCGCGUCAAGGUGGAUCCGAUGAGGAAGAGCGUGAGUAUGAAUAAUUUGUCUGAGUAUGAGCUGCCUAAUCAGGAGUUGAAUAAUAGCGCUGCCGUUGAGGCCGCCGGCGCCGGCGCCGGUUAUGCCUCCGCCGACGACGUCGUUCACCACCAGUCCACUGCUAGCCGUGAGCGCAAACGAGGAGUUCCAUGGACGGAAGAAGAGCACAAGCUGUUCCUUUUGGGAUUGCAGAAAGUUGGGAAAGGAGAUUGGAGAGGAAUUUCGAGGAAUUUUGUUAAGACUCGGACUCCGACUCAGGUUGCUAGCCAUGCUCAGAAGUACUUUCUUCGCAGGAGCAAUCUUAAUAGGCGUCGUCGUCGCUCUAGCCUCUUUGAUAUCACCACUGAUUCGGUCACGGCAAUUCCUAUGGAAGAAGAAAAUGUUCAUCAAGAUAAUGUAGCACCGUGUGUGAUGCAAUCACCGUACCCUGGCUCAUUUGGCCCUGUACUAUUUUCGAAACAGGUAGAGAAUCUAUCAGGAAAUCAGACUGCUAAAUUUGCUGGCCAAGUGAACGAUGCACCCUCAAUGCUGUCAGAUUCAGUUUCAGCUCUCCCUUUGAUUAAAUCACCAGCACCAAGUACAUCUGUUGACAAUAAUGAAAGAUUCUCAAUGGAUGAUCCAAUGUUAUCUCUCAAUCUGUCGCUGUCAUCCGGCCAUCAUGAUCAGUUGUCCUCAAGACAUCCAGUAUAUCAGGUGGCUCGAAACUUCAGCAUUGGAGAUAGCAUGAUCAGCGUGGUAUGAGGAAAGGAACGACACCAGAAGCCCCACACGAGGUUUAAUAAGUUAAUGGAUAUCGAUUAUCAAGUAAAGACGCGGUAAAUUAGUUUUGACUAAAGAGAUUAAUCUUUCUUAUUGUACAGACCAGAACUAAAUGCUAUUCUGAAGUUAAUGUCUUGUUAGAUGCUUGUUUGUUAUGGUUUGUAAUCAGAAGUAAAUCUGAUCGAACACCAGUACCCUUUCGUCGAUGAUGAUCCGAGUCACGACUCACGAGUCAGAACUUGAAUAUGCUUGAUGAUAUCAAGUGGAGGGUACUGGUGGAGAGUCAUUGUAUCUCUUUGGUUAAAAAUAUAAUCGAUUUGUUGGUUUCUUGUUUAA